CGACAUCAAUUUUUGUAAGAACAGGUAAACAAAAAUGGUAUAGAAAUUUGAAAGCGGCGUUGAUUCUGCGGUGCGCAAAGGAUUUGAAUCUUAUAUAUUCUCGUUUCUCGCCGUUUGCAUCGCCACGAAGAACAGAAGCUCGUAAUUUACUACUUCCAAAGCACUUUCUCUCUCACUCGCUGAUUCUGUCCAGUGCAUCCAUGGAGGGCAAUCCAUCGCUCAAGCGCCGGUUCUUAGAAACCGAAGAUAGCGAUUCUGCCAAACCACCUGCCCAAAAGCGAGUCCGGUUCCCGAAGGGUAAGAAGGUGAAGACUGGAGAUGCAUUUGUGGAUAUAGCGAAAGCUGAAGAAAACCCAAGUGACUUAACAGACCCAAGAUUUGCUGCUAAAGAGCGUGCGAAGCGACGGAAUCAAAUGACUGCUGACCUCUUCAGUGAAGAGAAUAGAGGCGUCGGGAAUGACAUAUCGGCAGCUGAAGUGACUUAUGAGGAGAAUGAGAACUUUGAUGAUGAUGGAAUUCAAAUGGAACCCUUCAAUUUAGACAAAGAGAGGGAAGAAGGUUAUUUUGAUGCAUCUGGGAAUUUUGUUGAAUAUGUUAACGAUAACGAAAUCAAGGAUGCAUGGCUUGAUAGUGUUGACAUUGAUCCAAAAUAUACCGGCAAAACCUCUUCAGUAAUAAAUAAUGAAGAUGAUGUUCAAGAGCUAUCUUCUGAUGAAGUUGGAAAGAUAAAGCGACGUAUUGCUGACCUGCUUGAGCCAGGUGAAACGGUUCUUCAAGCUUUGAGAAGGUUGAAAGGAAACUCCAAUGACAGGAAGGAAAAAAUGUCAGCUGAGACAAAACAAAUUUUUGAUAAGUUAACUGAAGAUGCUAUGAAACUUAUGGAUAAUGGUGAAUACAAUGUUUAUCAUGAAAAACAAGAGGUUUUUGAGCGUGAGGCAGAAGGAUAUGAAACAUUAGCUCGGGCGAAAGCUGGAACAUCCAUUAGCUUGCAUCCUGGAAAUUCCGACAUCAACAAGGGAACUGGUUUGUUGUCUGAUGAUCAAAAUCCUGGCAUGGGCUCAUUGUUCACAAAUCAAUCUGAAGUUGAUAUCUCUAGCAGUGGAACUGAUACAUUUGAUAUGUUUGCUGACGAUGACGAACAUACAGUUCCAUCUUCUAAUGAAAAUUUAGCAGCUGAUGCCAAUGGAGUCAAUCAACAAACUCCCAAUAACCUGAACCCUAAUUCUGAGAGUGGAGCUUCGCAAAAUGACUAUGUUUAUGAUGAAUCAUCUGGGUAUUAUUACAGUAGCAGCUUGGGGUAUUACUAUGAUCCAUCCACAGGACUCUUCUGUUCUGCUGCAUCCGGGCAAUGGUACUCUUAUAACGAGGAGAGUGGCGCAUAUGAUGAAAUCCAUGAAGCUGCAGCCCCUGAUGCCAAUUGAUAUAUGGGGGAGAGGAUUCGAUGGGCUGAACUGUACAGUGUAUACUGAACUGAGCAACAAAUUGGAAGAUGUGAUAAUAUGGGUAAAGUUGCCAUUGCCUGUUCCUUUUUUCUCUUUGAAUAUCAUUUGUAUGAUAUGCUCUACAAUUGCCUGUUUCAUUAUCCUACUACAUUGGCAUCGGACGGUGCUCCGAUUCGAUGCAACUUCGUUUGAUACUACUUUAGUUUUGUAGGCUGAAUUUUGUAUUUUAAAGGCUUAGUUCUCUCUCUAAACGACUUUUCGAUAGAUUUUUCUUGUACUUUAUAGUUUAAUGAAACGUUAUGAUUUUACUCGUGAA